CUUUUAAAGAGGGGGACGAUGCAUCUUUUAUCAAUCACGUCCUCGGAGAUUUUGGAAAGGACCUCGAAAACAAACCCAGCACUUUAGGAUGAUUCUCCAUCGCCAUUAACUCCGCAACCAGGAAACGGACUGCAGCGUGGAAGAUGUGAUCUAUCGCUAGAAGCGCAUGUCCCAUGGCUCUUCCACAGGCUAAAAUGGUUCAUACGUUACGCGAACUACGGGUUCCCCCUUAGAAGUUGAGACCAAGAGCGCACACGCCGAGUUGGAGCAAGCUGGAAGCUCCGUUUGAAGCUUCUCACCCUUUACUACGUACAGGGUUCGAUGAUACCCGGCUAUUGAGGGAAAUUUCCGCUUUACCAUUCAUUGCAUCGCCUUCUGACCAAGUUAAUCGUUACAUAUUUUAAGGCUGGUGGAUCAGCUUAACUCCCAAGGACCAACGAAUACGAGAAGCUCCGGCGAUGGAGAGAAACCUUCGAACCAAGCACUCUACUCCAGCCUCGGGGUUUGCUCAAAGUACGCUGACAUUCGGGAAUGGCUGAAUCCUAGGGACCCUCUAGACGGAAAAAUGACAGAUCCCUGUUGCCCCUCACUCGAACACCCUCAACUCGAUCGCAAAAUCGCAAAAAAGGCAGAUUCAGGAUAAAUAUGGAUAUGCACGAUUUGUCUCUUACUGAGGAGCAAGCAGCUCUUGAGAGAAUAGCCCUGAGUACGCAGCCUACUGCUCGGGUCCUUCCAACAGCCGAGGAUCUGGAACAUGCCAGGUCUUCACUCUUCGAAUCUCUCCCACGCAAGGGCAAGGGCUUUGCAGAGAUUAAAGACCAUUUACUUAAGGACAUUGUUCCAGGACUGAAUUUUGCGAGCAUAAGCCCAAACUAUUAUGGAUUUGUGACUGGUGGAGUCACGCCCGCUGCAUGGUUCGCUGAUAACAUUGUUUCUGCAUACGAUCAAAAUGUCCAGGUGCAUGUCCGGGAACAUUCUGUGGCCACGGAUGUUGAAGAUAAGUCACUGAAGUUGCUGCUUGAUUUGUUUCGGUUGGAGACGAGGGAGUGGCCUCAUCGGACUGUCACAUCUGGAGCCACGGCGAGCAAUGUACUUGGACUGGCAUGUGGAAGAGAGUUUGUCCUGCGUUCUGUAGCGGAGAGGAAAGGAAUUGACUGCAAAAGUGUCGGAGAAUAUGGGAUUGUCGAAGUCUUGCGGGCAGCUGGCUUGAGUGGAUUGCAGGUGCUUUCGACUUUGCCGCAUUCAUCACUUGGGAAAGCGGCUGGGAUCUUGGGAAUUGGCCGCUCAAACGUCAAGACCAUUUGUACUACGGAAAAUCCACUCCGGUUCGAUAUGAAGCGUCUCGAGAAGCAGCUAGCUUCUGCUAGAAUGGCGAGUAUUGUUGCCGUUUCCUGCGGCGAAGUGAAUACCGGUCGUUUUGCAACUGGUGGAAUCGAUGAAUUCAGACAAAUCCGUGCUCUAUGUGAUAAAUAUGGUGCUUGGUUACACGUUGACGGAGCCUUUGGGAUUUUUGGCCGUAUUUUUCUCGACGAUGAUAGCUCUGCAGAGUUCAACUCCGUACGAAGAGGAUGCGAAGGGCUAGAACUCGCGGACUCCAUUACCGCGGAUGGGCAUAAGUUGCUCAAUGUUCCAUAUGAUUGUGGGUUCUUCUUUUCGCGACAUGCAAGCAUCGCUCAAGACGUCUUUCGAAAUCCAAACGCCGCAUAUUUGACAUCUUCUAUCGCUGCUAUGGACCCUGUAGUGUCGCCCAAUAAUAUCGGCAUCGAGAAUUCAAGACGCUUUAGAGCCCUUCCUGUCUAUGCUACUCUGAUGGCAUAUGGUCGAGAAGGCUAUCAAAUUAUGCUUGAAAGACAGAUCAGGCUCGCCCGCCGUAUUGCGGAUUGGCUAUUCGAUCAUCCGAAAUACGUGACUUUUCCGAGGGUUUCUUCGCGAAAGGAGCUGGCGGAGAGUACGUUCAUGAUUGUUUUAUUCGGCGCAAAGGACGAUGACUUGAAUGACAGCCUAGUCAAUAAGAUCAACAAUACACCACUGUUAUACGUGUCCGGGACGACUUGGGACGGACGACCUGCGUGUCGGAUUGCAAUUUCUAAUUACAAGGUCGAUGUAGAAAGGGAUUUUGCAAGGGUUGUGAGUGUUUUAGAAGACAUUGUUAAAUAG